UAGUAAACAAGUGGUUGAAUUUGUGAAGAAAUCUGAAUUGUGAAUAAAACUUAAUUAUUAAUCUUGAACUGGUUUACAAUGGUUACCUAUCCCUCUGCCAAGUUUAUGGAAUGCCUGCAGUAUGCGGCUUUUAAACACCGUGAGCAGCGACGCAAGGACCCCAAGGAAACGCCUUAUGUGAAUCAUGUGAUAAAUGUGAGCACCAUUCUGUCCGUGGAGGCUUGCAUUACAGAUGAGCCGGUUCUCAUGGCCGCACUUCUUCACGAUGUCGUUGAGGAUACGGAUGCCACAUUCAAGGAUGUGGAACUGUUCGGAGCGGAUGUUUGUGGCUUAGUCCGUGAGGUGACGGACGAUAAGUCCCUGGAGAAACAGGAAAGAAAGCGUUUGCAAAUAGCAAAUGCAGCCAAAUCAAGCUGUAGAGCCAAGCUCAUAAAACUGGCCGACAAACUGGAUAUGAGGGAUCUGCAAGUCAACACGCCAAGCGGAUGGACAGAGGAACGUCGCGAACAGUACUUCAUUUGGGCCAAAAAGGUGGUGGACAAUCUGCGAGGAACCAACGCCAAUCUGGAACUCAAACUAGAUGAAAUCUUCCGCCAACGUGGUCUUCUCUGAAUUCAAUUCAUCUUCCAAUUACAAGCGAAACUGUCUA